AGAAGGGGGAACCGGCGAUAUAAAAAGCACAGGCUCCGGCAAUUUGCUCUCCCACUCCCAAAAAUGGCGACCGAGAGAAACUUCGGCGACGGGGAAGAGGAAAGCUACUACGCCGACGAAGUGGAGGAGAAGACGAGGAUGAGGCGGAACAAGUUCGGCAAGACGAUGUCGUCUUCCAUGGAACUGGAGCUGGAUUCGGUGGAGAAGAUCUUCGAGGCGAAGGAGGUGCCGCCGUGGCAGAAGCAGCUCACGGUCAGGGCGUUCGUCGUCAGCUUCAUCCUAGGGGUUCUCUUCACCUUCAUAGUCAUGAAGCUCAACCUCACCACCGGAAUCAUCCCGUCGCUCAACGUCUCCGCCGGAUUGCUCGGGUUCUUCUUCGUCAAGACCUGGACCAAGCUGAUCCAGAAGGCCGGCAUGCUCAAGCAGCCGUUCACUCGCCAGGAGAACACCGUCAUUCAGACCUGCGUCGUCGCGACUUCCGGAAUCGCGUUCAGCGGCAGUAGCAUCAACCGCAGCGAAGUAAUGGUGAUUGGUGAAUGGAUAAUGAAUUCGAAUCUCUAUUGGGGGGUUCGAUUUUGUGUUCUUGAGAGUUCUGUUAUGGCUGAUGCAGGUGGUUUUGGAAGUUAUCUAUUUGGGAUGAGUGACAUAGUUGCCAAGCAAUCCAAAGAAGCAAACAGUGCGCAGAAUAUCAAGGACCCAUCACUGGGAUGGAUGAUUGCGUUCCUUUUUGUAGUCAGCUUUCUUGGCCUCUUCUCUGUGGUUCCUCUCAGAAAGAUUAUGGUGGUAGACUUCAAGUUGACAUAUCCAAGUGGCACUGCAACUGCUCAUCUUAUCAAUAGUUUCCAUACUCCUCAGGGUGCUAAGCUAGCCAAGAAGCAAGUGAGAGCACUGGGGAAAUUCUUCUCCUUCAGCUUCCUGUGGGGCUUCUUCCAGUGGUUCUUCACUGCAGGGGAUGGCUGUGGAUUCGUGAAUUUCCCUACUUUCGGUCUCCAGGCCUAUGAACACAAAUUCUUCUUCGAUUUCUCUGCAACUUACGUUGGUGUGGGAAUGAUCUGUCCAUACCUAGUCAACAUAUCUCUGCUGCUUGGAGCAGUUGUGUCCUGGGGUCUCAUGUGGCCUAUGAUUAACAACCAGAGAGGUAACUGGUACCCUGCUGACCUCCCACCAAGCAGUCUUUCCGGCCUCCAAGGUUACAAGAUAUUCAUCGCCAUAGCCAUGAUCCUCGGCGACGGCGUCUACAACUUCAUCAAAGUCUUCGGCCGAACCAUACAAGGCUUAUACAACCAGUUCUCUCGCAAAGACCCAUCCAUCACCACCGUCCUCCCAGUCGCCGGCGGCGGCGGCGGCGCCAACUCUACAUCCCCGACCACCCUUCCCCCACCACUCACCUACGACGAACAGAGACGCACCGAGCUCUUCCUCAAGGACCAAAUCCCAACCUGGAUCGCAGCCGGCGGCUACAUCUCCAUCGCCGUAGUCUCCGCCGUCCUCGUCCCCCACAUCUUCCACCAGCUCCAUUGGUACCACAUCGUCGUCAUCUACAUCAUCGCCCCGGUCCUCGCAUUCUGCAACGCGUACGGCACCGGGCUGACCGACUGGUCUCUAGCCUCCACCUACGGCAAGCUCGCCAUCUUCACCAUCGGCGCGUGGGUCGGCGCGUCCCACGGCGGCGUCCUCGCCGGUCUGGCCGCCUGCGGCGUCAUGAUGAACAUCGUCUCCACAGCUUCUGACCUGAUGCAGGACUUCAAGACCGGCUACAUGACUCUCGCCUCUCCUCGCUCCAUGUUCAUCAGCCAGGUGAUCGGGACCGCGAUGGGCUGCGUGAUCGGCCCAUGCGUCUUCUGGCUGUUCUACAAGGCCUUCGACGAUUUGGGCCAGCCCGGGUCCGAGUACCCGGCCCCAUACGCUUUGGUCUACCGCAACAUGUCGUUGCUUGGGGUGGAAGGCUUCUCUGCUCUGCCGAAGAACUGCCUGAUGCUCUGCUGCAUCUUCUUCUCUGCUGCAAUUCUCGUCAAUGGAGUUAGGGACUUGGUCGGGCCGAGGUGGGCCAAGUUCAUACCGCUGCCCAUGGCGAUGGCGAUACCGUUCUACCUCGGCGGGUACUUCGCCAUCGACAUGUGUGUGGGGAGCUUGAUCUUGUUCGUGUGGGGGAAGGUUGACAAGGCGAAGGCGGAUGCGUUCGGGCCGGCUGUUGCGUCGGGGUUGAUCUGUGGGGAUGGGAUAUGGACGCUGCCGAGCUCGAUACUGGCGUUGGUCGGUGUGAAGCCGCCGAUCUGUAUGAAGUUCUUGAAGGGGGGAGUGAACACCAGGGUUGAUGCUUUCUUGAAGACCAACUAGAUUUUCUGGAAAUUCUUUUGUUUCGUAUUUUUCUUCUCCUCGUGUUGUUGUAGUUACCAUCUCUGCUGUCUUUGUUUCAGAGCAGUUGUUGAUCUCUUAGUCUCUUACCAAAUGUGUAAUUAGAUUGAUGGUGAGAAUUCGUAACCAGAAAGAAAAAUAGAUGGUUGAAAAGUUGGUACUUACAUGGGUCGUUUUAGUAGUGCACCACAUUCAUGGAGAUCUAAUCUAAACUCCGAAGCAGUCGAGAGCUUCAACAGUUGGUUGUUCU